AGUUAACGGUCGUGCAACUUUAAUUUUAUUCCUGCCCGAAUUUGAUUUAUUCACCGAUGAACUUGUGCUUCAAAAUACUGCCACUGGCUUCAAUAACAAAAUGCUCGCCCAGACCCGGGACUCGUUUUUGGAUGACGAAUUUGGAAGACCAGUAGAGUCUAUAAUGCGAUGUGAGGAUUUCAAAAGCAAUUUUGCGCGAAGGCUUUCAAACCGAUACAUUUCCAGAUCCUCAGUUUCUGGUUCAAGGCAAGACACUGUGUUGAAAUUGCGUCCAGUUGACAAACAGGAAAUACUGAAUAAUGUUCCAGAAAGAAUUGAGCAGUGUUCUCAACUUUCGAAGAGUAGUAAUUUAGAACAAAAUGGAGAAAUCGUCAAGCCCCCAGAUAAGAUGAUCAAGCAUAAUGCUGACAUGCGAGGCACGGAGGUAAAUGCUUUAAACAUGGAAGUGGACACUUUAAGGUGGCAGCUAGCACAGACCGAAGCCAACAGACAGAUGCAUAUAGCUUUACUUAAGCAAAUAGUAACUUUUCUAAACCGAGUUAAGGAACAUAUUGAAUGUCAAAAGAGUGAACCAGAUGUAAGUUUAGAUGCCGUGUCCCCGAUGAUGUUUCCGAAAACCUUAAACAUAACUGAUUUGCCUCGCUCCCGAUCCGUUUUGCAUGUCAGUAAAAAUCUUGAUUACUCGAUAAGCCCUGUAAAGAAAAUGAGUACAAGGAAAAUCAGCAAAUCGAUUAGUAAUGUUAACGGAUAUAAAGAUUGCAGCAGCAUUUGGAGUCAUUCCAAGUUAUCAUUGGUCUCCGAAAACGAGACUGGACAGAAGUUAACAGAAGAGAUGUCAAGGCUAAUCACUCUUGCCAAUACGGUUCUUAGCACUAAGCUUCCUGACCUAGCGUGUGCAUGUCUCGGUAAUCGAACUGAGUCAAAUCUACAAUUAACUGAAGAAACUAAGAAAGAAGAAGCGAAUACACAAAAUGUAAAUGCUCUGAAUUUGUAUAAAAAACCAAAACCCGAGAAAAUUGUACUAAAUACGAGUUGCAACAGCGAGGCUUACAAUGGCAUAACUAACAAAUUUGCUGAAAUGGAGAAUAGUAUUUUAAGUGAUUUUAUUGUAUCGCAAUCCCCGCUUAGUUUCGGAUCGGAAAACAAUUCUUCCGGUGUAAAGCUGUUUGAACAAGAACAACCGGGUUCGCAAAAUGGCUUAAUUACAUCGUGUGGGAAAGUAGUACAAACGGUUGACAAAAGAAACGAAUACAAUGCGUCAUCAAAUUUUAUAGAGGAUGAAAGUGGUUUUUCGUCUAUGAGUUCAUUUCAGGAGAUCGGUAUUCCGAUAAUAAGUAUAAUACCACCGUCUCCGUGUAAAGAAGUUGAAUAUUUAGAAGAAAUCGCUGAUGAAACGGAAAAAUGGAAAACGGACACCAUCGAAUUGGAUAAGCAAAGUGUUAAAGUAUUCUGGGUUUGAUUUCUUAACAGUAAGGCGAAGUGUUCUGACACUGUAAUUCGAUUACAAUAUUUGUAAAUCAAAUUUAAUACUAGCAAAUACAGUUUGCUUUUAGGUAACAUUCAUUGUCUAUUUUUACUUAACUUUAUUUAUGUUUUACAUUAAGUUACAAAAAUAACUAUGCCGUUUUUAUUUAUAAUAAAGACAGAGAUUGAAA